AUGUUAAAUGAUGUAAGUAGUGAAACGGCGAAAAUCCCUAGUUUUCGAGAUUAUCAAUGUAGUGAUGUAGAUAUUGAUGAAUUCUUGACUACCAAAAAUAUUGAAAGAAAAAUAAAACAAAGUGUUUCUUCUUAUUGUAAGAUUAUAAAAAAAUAUAUUGACAAUGUUAAGGCGAAAAAUUUAAAUGAUAUCUAUAAAUGUGGCAAUUUUAUUAAAUACUGGAUAAAAGCAAAAAUUGAAGAAGAACAUAAUAAUGAAUCUGAAAAUAUAUUUAAUUAUUUGAAUGAAUAUGUUAAUCCUCUUAAGUCUCAUCUAAGUGAUGUUAAUUUAUGUUCUAAUAUUGAUAGAUUAAUUGAAAAAUAUAAUGCUCUCAUAACGAAUCCUAAUUAUUCCAAGGAUAUUGCUUUGAUUACUAAAUUAUAUCAUAUUAGAUGUCUAGUUGAAAGUAAUAAAUAG